CAUGGCUUUUGACUGGAACGGCGUUGUGCACAACAUUUGACAUUGUCAAAUAUUUGUGGCAUCGCAGCAUCACAUUCCUGUCCAUCUUUUAUUUAUGUUUUAUUUACAGGGAACAUGGACUGAAAUAAAUUAGUGGCAACAGCAGUUAAGUCAGCAGUUGGUGAUAAGAUCUGCUCACUGCUCACUCAAAGCACAAAGAAUUGACUUGCAAAUCAAAUCAAGUGGAAAAGCAAAGAUACUCAGCAGAGGAUAAAUUAUAAUGUGGAUGUCUAGGACAAUUUUAACUUUUAUCAUAGCCAAGUAAGAAAAGCUAAAAGGAAAAGGCAAGCUAACACAACUAGAUCCAAAUGCAGCAUAAAUUAUGCAGGAACUGUGCUCCAUAGCUUUAACACGUGACCAUCAGGUUGGCUAAGCUAGCUCUCUUCAUUAAUUCUGCUGAGGAUUUGUUCCCUUGGCCUCAGGUUUUGUCUGGUUCAGUGGUCUUGGCAAUAACGCCACCUGUUACCAUGGAGAUCUUGACUCAGUUAGGACAAUGAAUGGAUAAAUUUACGGAUGGAUGUUUACUUAUAACUUUGAGACACUUUACAUCAAUCGUCACAUAUUUUCAAGUAGAACUUAUUCAUUUGUGAUAUUUUAGCUUUCUGUCUAAUAUCUGUGUAGUUCAUCUUCACCUUCCAGCUACUUCCAGACCCUUUUUUAGUUUUUUUUUUCCAAAUGAUUCUGUGGUCUGCUAAAGCCUAAAAUGAGGUCAAGGCCACCAAACUAAAGCCUGACCCAUAAAUAUAUUUUUAUUUUAAGAGCUGUGACCCCAAUUUGACUGCUUCUUGACCAUAAAACACCAAAGCGCCGCUGCCUGCAGCAACGUGUCGUCCCCUGGUUCACUCUGCGCCGCUUCCUGCUACUCUCUGCUGGAUGCUACAAAAAUAAACCUAAUCUUCAAACUGAUGAAGUGAUAUAUCCUGUUAUUUAGAAAUCACAUCCACUGGGGUGAGGGGGGGAGGGCAGAGUGGCCCCUGAGUAACCCCAACAUGUCACAAGUCUGUUGUUCACGUUAAUGAGCUCGUGUUCCUCUGUGAUGUUAGCGAUCUGGUUUGCUCCCGUAGCUGCGUGAAGACUUCGACAUGGGGGUGGACGUCCAGCUGGACGAGGAGCACAGCGUGCACGACGUGGCGGCGCUGCUCAAGGAGUUCCUGCGCGACAUGCCGGACCCUCUGCUGCCCCAGGAGCUCUACCCCGCCUUCCUGCACGCUAACCUGCUGAGAGGAGCAGACCAGCUGCAGUUCCUCCAGCACCUCCUGUAUCUGCUCCCUCCCUGCAACUGCGACACGCUGCUGCGCCUCCUGUCCAUGCUGCAGACCGUGCAGAGCUACGCCCAGGACACCGUAGGGACCAAUGACGAGGAGAUUCCCGGUAACAAGAUGACGGCGGCCAACCUGGCCGUGAUCUUCGGGCCGAACCUACUCCAGAGGGAGGGAGGCGGAGACAUGAGUCCUCAGGCGAUGGGCAUCGAGGACAGCACGGCCAUCAUCAGCAUCACUCUGGUGCUCAUACAGAACUACAGGAGGCUCUUCACGGUGUCUGCAGAGCUUCAGCAGGAAGUCUUGAUGAGUCUGAUCCAGACCGACCCGGAUGUCAUCGAUUAUCUCCUGCGGAGGAAACUCAGUGGCAGCCACCUGACGGUAGAGGGCAGCAGCGAGUCCGGGGGUCGCCGGGACACAGGGGCCUCUUUGGACUCCGUGGGGGCCUCAAGCGGAAGUUUGUCUCCUCUUGAGCCGCCGUCGCCGCUUUUCCCUCCGGAUGGGAGCGGCGGUGAGGGCAGCCUGACCAGCGAGGUCUUCCUCAACGUCCUCAAACUGAACCAGACCAGAAACCGGCCAGAAGGGAGAUUCGGUGAGGCGCGCUCCGCCAAGUCCAUCCGCCACAUGCGACAGUUCCACUCCCACCACAACCUGCUCAGCCUGUCCCAGCCGUCCACCUUGUCCAAGAUGCACAGUCAGGAUGGAGACCCCCAGGACCGGCGGGGUGGCCCGCGGGGCGCCGCCAUGAGCUUCACUCUGGGCAGCGUCGGCGUCAGUGGAGGAAGCUGCUCCAGUCUGAGCGGCUCCACCGAGAACAGCAUCUGGGUGAGGCAGAUGCAGCAGGACGAGGGCAAAUCGUCAUCGGCCGCCAACUUCUGGGACUUUUUUACUGGAAAAAGCUCGAGCUCCGAGACGGUGGUAUGACUAAGGGGAGGGAGGGGACGGGGAGGAGCUUAGAGGGACAACUGGACGAGCUUUGACGUCGAUGCUGUCUGAAUCCGCCAAACAAACAGUCAGUUAGAGAUCUUAAAAAGAAAAAAAAACAACCUGGAACGAGACUCAAACAUGCUCCACUUCUACGUUGAACAAUUCCAAGUAGACGAAGUUGCACAACUUUUGGCGUCUAUACAAUGCAUAAAAAAAAUGAGGAAUGACGGGAAGUGAGCGUCUCUCUUAAGACAUUAAAGUGGUGAGGACAUCUGUGAUGAGCUCAUUCAGUCAUAAACAAAUGAAGGCCAAAAUCUGUGAGUUAUUAGAAAUGGAUGCAUUUAUGUACAUAUGUUGUAAUCCGAAUUUUAAACACAUCUCUGUUCUGCAUACCAGCUGCUGUUUGGCCUCUCCUAACACGUCACAAACAGCUGAAACCAGAUAUUUAACAAGUUAUGAAAACACACACCGUCUUCUUCCCUUUGUCUUUAUUACAUCUGAAUAUUUGUUCCUGGUUUAGGUCAUUGAGGAUUAAUAAAAUUAUUUCGAUUUAUUAAAUAACUAUAAUUUUCUUCAAAUUCAAAGGUUUACAUUCACUGGGUUUACUAUGAUGUCAAGGCUUGGUAAGUUUCUGAAACACAUUAGCUGUGUUUCCAUCGACCACAAAAUUGUGCAAAUUGGAAUUAGGAGAUAAAUUUGCUUGAUGGAAAGACGUCAAUUAAAAAAAAAAAACUCAUGGUUUUUGAUUGGACGUUUUGGUGGUUUUCCUGCUGCUUUUUUUCGCAUCACACGAGGCGCAAUCAACAACCGGAUGCUACUGCUGGUGGAAAUGUUGUAAAAAAAGAGAACAGAAAGCGGUAGGAGGAUGAUGGCUUGAACAUGUCAGAAUUAAAAUUCACGUGAUUUUAAUUGUGUUUCUUAAUGGAAAUACUGCAAUUGUGAAAUUGUGUUUUUCUGACAUUAGACUGAACAUCGAUAAAGUUUUGCGCACAUUCGUAACGGAAAACUAGCUGCUGUGGACGCAUUUUAAAAUAUUACCCUAAACAUGAUGUUGCCUUGUGUGACGUCAUAGGAGAAUCAGUGACUCUGUAAAUAAAGCAUCAGCUUUACCUUUCUGCACAUCUGAAACCGAGCCAGGUUGCCUUCCAUUUUCUGUCGCUUCGUGAGCGUUACAGCUCCAAAGAUGUCAAAUACAUGCUGUACAUGUAUGUGGCAAUGCUUUCGCUGUGUCUGCACCAGUGAAGAAUCCCUCACCUCAGCAUACUGAAUGCUUGGAGUGACGCCAGCUGAUGGCAGCCUGACCUACUUUCUGAUUGAAAGAUCAAGUGAUUAUUAAAGAUUAAGAAUGGAGUUAAUAAUGUGCUUCAUAUACAAGAGAUUAUGAGAAUGUUUUGGCUUUGUAAGCGUCUGAUAAGUUAAGUCACAGGAUUUGAUUAAAAGCUUUUUAUGCGAUUAACUUCUUGCCAAUUAUUAAAUUUCUUUUAAGGCCAACAUACAUCGAAUUAGAAACCUCAGCCGAGUGGUAGGAGGUGAACUCAGCGUCCCUGUUUGAAGUUAUUUUAAACUUUGUAAUCGCUGCUCUGACCGAUAUUGGCCAGUAUCAGCAAGGGGCUGUUUUCCUGUAGCUGACUUGUCUGUACACAUUUCCUCACUCAAUCCAUAACUGGCAUCCUGGAUCGCUCGUUAAAAUGUGUCCCACGUUCCCAUUAACUUCUAAAAGUGGAGUUUGGAUUACAAAAAUCUUUAUUGUAUUUACUUGAAAUGAUUAAUUGUUGCACCAAGGGAUUUCUCCAACCUCAUUGAACAAAAGGGUGAAUUUUUAAAACAUUAUCAAUGUGACUACAAUAAAAAUGUGGCAAACAAGAAGCUUUAAAACAUUUUAACCUGAACGCUAUAAUGAGCAUUAAUUCAAAUGUGAGAAGCGGUUCUUAACAGUGUUUGAGAUUUUCUUUGUCCUGUUUGAAACGUGUCAUAUUCUUACCGCUAGAGGGCAGCAUUUCCCGUUUUGACCAGUCUGGAUAAAUGACAUCAUCGUCAUCAGGUUAACCAAAUACAGAGUGCAUCAUCAACAGCUCAGCAGAUGUUCUGUUCCUGUUGUUUUCCCGACCCACAAACAGAACCUGUACAGAAUCUGUCCUUCGCCUAAGCAGGUGAUUUGUCUGUUUUUUUUAUCCAUUAUAGAGGAAAUUGUCUAUUUUUUUUUUCUUGUGUCCAUUUUUCUAUGCCAUUGUAUAACCUAUUAAAGUGUUGCUGAAUGCCGUCUGUUUCGUGCUGUUUUGAUCCAAACACAAAGAAGAGGGAUCAACUUACCGAGUCCUUGACUUUCCUGGAGUUCAAGUCAAGUUUUUGGCUUGCAAACAAACAUGUGCGGCAGACAUGGUGUGAGUUACAAAGAU